AUGUCCUCAUCAGGUAUCUCUUAUAUCAUCAUCUUCUUCUUCAUUUUCAUCAUCCCAUACAUUCAAAGCCAACCCAUUGCUCCACCUCCGACCAAUGAAACAAGUCCGGUCAAUCUCACGGCGGUUCUUGAAAGUGGUCACCAGUUUACCACAUUCAUUCGACUCCUCAACACAACUCAAGUCGGGUUUCAGGUAAGUGUUCAACUCAACAGCUCUGAUCAAGGGAUGACUGUAUUUGCUCCAACAGAUAACGCAUUCAACAACCUUAAACCUGGAACCCUAAACAGUCUCACAUAUCAACGACAAAUCCAGCUCAUUCUCUACCACAUCAUUCCUAAAUACUAUCCUCUAAGUGAUCUUCUCUUAGCUAGUAAUCCCGUUAGAACUCAGGCUACGGGACAAGAAGGAGGAGUUUUUGGGUUAAAUUUCACAGGACAAGGACAAAUCAACGAAGUGAAUAUCUCUACCGGUGUUGUUGAGACAAGGAUCACUAAUAUAUUAAGACAAAAAUUUCCACUUUCCGUUUACGUGGUGGACAAGGUAUUGUUGCCGGAAGAGUUGUUCGGAACAAAGACUACUACUCCCACAGGAGCUCCGGCCCCGAAAACCUUACCUUCGUCUGAUGCAGAUUCACCGGCUAUUGAUGAGGAUGAUCAUAAGUCUGCCGGAUCAAGCGUCAAAAGGACAAGUCGUCUAGGGAUUGUUUUGGGCUGUGCAUGGUUUUGUUGUUCUGUUAUGUCUUUCUAG